AAAUUACAUUAACCUGCUAGGCUGAGAUAAAUCGAAGUCGCAACACCCAGCGCGUACGCUCCAAUUGCUGCCCCGAGAAUUUCCUUCCCGGGCUUCACAAUCAACCCAACGCCAGCAAUCCCAGCAACCCCAAGUGGCACUCGCUUCAAAACCUCCUUCCCAGCGUUCGAGACGACAGCGUCGGUAAAAACCUCCAUGGCGAACGCUUUGAACUCCACUUCAUCAAGCAAUGACUCGUCACUGUCAACCUGUCGAACUGACCGGCGAGAAAGAACAAUCUUACAAGCCCGGUCAACCUGCUCCCGGUUCGGGGGAUGCGGAACCCACUUGGAGAUGAGCGGGAGGGAACGGAAUAGGGUGUGGUGGAGGUUUUCCGUGGCGGUGAAGAGUUGGUAGGUUUUGACUCCGGGGAAGGCGUGCUGGGCUAGAGAGAGGCACUGAGUGUAUGCUGACUCAGAUGCUGCGUUGAACUCGGGCGAGUUGUGAAGAGCGAGUGCGACUCGCUUUGAAGCCGAGAGCCCCAUAUCUCUGAUUCUUUAUUAUUGAAAGAUGAAGGUGAAGAAGCAAAAGAGACAUCGCAGAGCUGUUAGAUUUUACACAGCUUGCUUCGGUUUUAGAGAGCCUUUCAAAGUUCUUUGCGAUGGAACUUUUGUGUACCAUCUUCUGGCGAACCACAUCACUCCAGCUGAUACUGCCCUAGCUAAUAUCCUUGGCGCCACAGUCAAGAUCUUUACUACAAGAUGUGUUCUUGCAGAGUUGAAAAGCCUUGGUGACUCAUAUUCUGAUUCGCUUAAUGCUGCCCAUAAUCUUAUAACUGCAAGAUGUGAUCAUGACAAGAGAAAGAGUGCUGUGGCCUGCAUAACAGAAGUUAUUGGAGAAAAGAACCCUGAGCAUUUCUUUGUUGCAACUCAGGAUGCUGAGUUAAGGAGGAAGUUGCAAGAGAUACCUGGUGUGCCUGUAAUAUAUGCUCUCAGAAAUUCUCUCUUUCUUGAGCGGCCAUCAGGAUUUCAACACCAGUUUGCCAAGAUUGCUGAAGAAGAACGAUCACAUAUGAAUGAGUGGGAGUAUAAACUGUCAAAACUAAAGAAGAAAGUAGCAAUUGAAGAAGCAGCGGAUGCUUCUGAUGCAAAUGAAAGCAAUGAAGAUCAUAUGUUAGAUACUCGGGUUGUGAAGGCAAACAUUAAAAGAGAUGGAACAAAUGUGAAGGAUCAGGUUCAGUUCAAGCGAAAGAAAGCUAAGGGUCCAAACCCUCUAUCAUGCAAGAAGAAGAAGACUGAUGGGAAUAAAAAUGCUUCUUCUGAAAAGGAAAGCAAGAUUGUCGAUAACACUAUGAGAAGCAGGAGUAGAAAACGCAAGAGGUCAAGGAAAAGUAAAAAUGUCCCCGCAGCAACUGUUUAAUGGCAUUUGUCACGUCUAAUUCUCGGAAUUUCUGACUUUUCAUGAAACUUGUUGGCUAUUUGAGUCUAAAAUUUAUGCACACAUGAUAAGGCUGCGUUAUGUGCGAGUCAAAAGUUCACUUCUACUAGAUACUCGAGGGAUACUUAGCAUAUAGGUAUGCCCAUUUUCCAUUAUUUUCGAAAGAAGUAUAUGAAUGAUAACAGUAAAAUUAUUAUAUAGCCCUUGUUUGAUA